AGUAAUAGAGACAAUUACUUCAGAACUUUCAACACUACUCCGGAGGGCCAUUCUCUCAGGAUCAAUGGAGGAAUUAGAUGGUGGCUCUUGGGUUUUCAGGGCAAGGUUCUCCAGCAUGGCCUUCCCUAGAUUAGAUACCGUGAAGCUUUCAGAGAAUCUAUUAUCUACUGAACAACGAUGGAAUUUGUACAAGUUUUGCUUGGAUUUGAAGUUGAAGAAUUCAACAUCUUUGUCAGAAACAACGAGCUUUACAACUGGAUCAAAUGCAUCAUCAUCAUCAUCAUCAUCAUCAUCACCUGCAACUUCCUCCAAUGACCUUGAUCAAAAGCUGAAGAAUUUGGACAUAGAUUCUUCUGAAUCAAAACCAACAACAUCAAGGAAAACAGACCAUGAUACCAGGAAAUCUAAUUUAUUCUUGAAUAAGAAUGAAAGAAGAUCAAAGGGAGGAAAUAGAAGGUCUGUGUCUCCACUUGGCAGUACCGAGCUCUCUGAUACCUUCAAAGAGGAAAGCAGGUCUCAUGGAAAGAGAUUCUUUUUACUACCACUCAGACGACAUAGAUCCCAAAAUAAGAGUGUAUCAAAAGAUGAUCUUGUCAGGGCAACAUCACCUUCAAGUAUGGAGAAGCUGAAAGACAAGAAGGAGAAUAAUUCUUGGUCUAGUUGUUUUUACAAAUUAAAAUAGUUAGUUUUUUUUUUUUAUAAA